AUGUUUUUUAAAGUACUUUUUUUCGCGGCUUCACUUGUGGUAGUGAACGCACAACAUAAUGAACAAAGCCAUGGUCACGCAGUUUCCUCUCAAUCGAUCAUCCGUCACGACCUCGCCCACGAUCAGCACAACUACAACCACGUCCAAGCUGCUCCUGUAGUUCACUACGCUGCUCCCGUAGUUCACCACGCAGCUCCUGUAGCUCAUCACGUAGCUCCCAGUGUCCACCAUGCCACUCCCAUAAUCCACAAUACUGCUCCCAUAGUCCACCAUGCCGCUCCCAUAGUCCAACACGCCGCUCCUGUUCACUACAAUGAAAAUCACAACUCUUAUGAACACCAGGAUUACUACGCUCACCCCAAAUAUGAGUUCCAGUAUCAGGUAGCGGAUCACCACACCGGUGACAUCAAGUCUCAGCACGAAGCUCGUGAUGGUGAUCACGUCACUGGCUCAUACAGUCUGCACCAGCCCGAUGGCGUCCUCCGUACUGUACAUUACAACGCUGACAAGCAUAGCGGAUUCAACGCUCAAGUUGAAUUCUCCGGACAUUCACAACACGCCCAGCUGGCUCAUCAUGCUCCACAGUACCAUCAUUAAGAGCUUUUAGGACAACACUAUUGUAAAAAAAAUCACGUAUGCUAAUUAAAUUUAAGAAAUAAACAAAUAAUAUAUAU